AUGGCUGGCCGUGCGUUGUUGCUGUGCGCUCUCUGCGCGCUGUGCUGCGCCGCCGGCGGGGGCCACGCGUCGACUCCGCCUGUUACAGUUGGUGGGGACGUUGAGAAAGUGGAUUUGGCCGCAAAAUGGCGAGACCUCCUGCUGGGCGACUGUGAGGAUGAAUUCAAGAACGAAACGGACGAGACGACGAAGAAGGCGUCAAUUGCGAAGUGCAAAAAAGAAGUGGAGGACAAUAUUUCUGCCGUGUUUGGCCCCGCUGGCCGUAAUAACCGUCGGGAUUCGCCUCCUGCGGUUCACAGCGCGGCGGGCGGCGGCGGCGGAGGGCAGGCGGGUGAGGCGCAGCAGUGGCAGCGGGAGGCUCAAGCGCCAGACCCCACAGAAAGGCAAAAUGAGGAAGUGAAAGCGCCGGGGGAGACGCACCCGCAGCCACCGCGAGAGCCGCAGGCUGCACUCCAAGCGUCGCAGGGGGCAGAACCCGCGGGGGAAGCGGCCGCCGGCUCGCCAGGGCCAAAGGCAGCAGCAGCAGCCACCGACGAUGCUGCUCGGCCCCCCGUGCAAUCUUCUGCCCCGACGCGUGGCGGCGCUAACGCUGACGACGACCGCGGUGAAGGACACACGGCGGGGACUGGCGAAGAAACUCCACCGUCGCGGGACGUGGGGCAGAAGAAAGACACACAAACUGGGGCCGCCGCUGCUUCACAGACAGACGGUGUGCGGCAACCAACACCGACGGAGCUUGUCACCGAAAGCAGCACAUCGACUGCUGGAGACGCCAACCCCUCCACUGACGAAGCGGACGAGAACGUCGGGGCCGCUGGCCUUCGAGGCGCGUCGAACGGCACACAGACCGCGGCAGCCGACCGAGAAGUAUCCACUACACCGCCGGCUACCGACGCCACCGCCACGAAUGCAACGAGCCCGUCUCCAGGCGGCAGCGACGGCAGCGGCGCAGCGGCCGCGCGCUCCGCCCCCACUCUUGCGCUGCUUCUUCUGCUUGCGUGUGCGGCUGCCGCUGCGACGGUGGCCGCGUGA